AUGGUGAAAGGUACCCCACUUUUAAAAGCAACCAACAAACACCCUUUUCGGUUUACAGUUCCCACUUUUCAUGAAAUAAGAGAAUCUCCAUCAUCCCAUUUUCCUCACCAAUAUCUACUCUCUUUGUCUUUCUCAGUCAAAAUUUCAUUCUCUUCCAUGCUAUCCCUUCUCAAUUUCUUCAAGUGGUUCCAAUGCAUUUGUAGGGGUUUCUUGUAUCUCAUCGCUGUCAUAGGAGAUGAAAGGCGUGAAGGGAAGAUUUCUAAAGAAACCCAAAUUCAUACUAUAUGCUCUUCGAAACAGGACUCAGUCCUUCAGCUUAACCAAUCAGUUUACAAGGAAAAAGACUGCAAAAGCAACAAAAUCAAUGCCCCGGAAUCAGUAGUCAAUUUUAAAGAUCAACGGGAUGAAGAAACCGAGUUGGAAUUCGAUGUCGGAGAUCAAGGCAUAGUGCCUAGAGAGGAUGAUUCUCGGCUUCCAAUCUCUUCAAAGACCAUUAUCAAUGAUGAGCAUAGCACACAAGAAGUGAAAGAGGACAAUGAAGAACAUCCAGUGUUAUCAGAUUUUGAAGAGAAAUGUCCACCAGGAGGAGAAGAUUCAGUGGUUUUCUACACAACAAGUCUAAGGGGAAUCAGAAAAACAUUCGAAGAUUGCAGCAGUAUAAGGUUUCUUUUAGACAGUUUCAAGAUAUUGGUCCAGGAGAGAGAUGUUUCAAUGGACAUGAGAUUCAGGGAAGAACUUUGGAGGAUAUCAGGUGGCAGAGUUGUCCCUCCAAAGCUGUUCAUCAAGGGAAGAGACAUUGGAGGAGCCGACGAAGUUUUUCGACUUCACGAACAAGGAAACCUGAAGAAGCUCCUGGAAGGGAUACCUUCAAAUUGCAUGUGUACUAAUUGUGCCAACAUCGGGUUCCUGGUCUGCUCAAAUUGCAAUGGAAGCUGCAAGGUUUUUGCAGAAAAAGAAGGUGAUGAAUUGUGCAUGAAAUGCCCUGAUUGUAAUGAGAAUGGAUUGGUUAAAUGCCCUGUGUGCUGCUGAAAUGUCUACUUACUAUAAUUUUAUCU